AUGCCACCAAAUCUUGAAGCUGGACGAGCUGAUCCUGGUGAAAGUGGCCACGGCUCUGGUGCCUUGUCCUUGCUAGUCGUGCAAGCUUCCGAGGAGGUAUGGGACGGUCCACCAAACUCGACUUGGGCACGAAAGAAGGUCCAAAGGUGUACCCCGGUGAUGCUUAGAGUCGUCUAUUGGCUUUUGGGAGAUAUUCUUGAGGAUCGCCCAGAUGCGUCGUGGAGUCAUGUGUGCUUGGGAUGGUUUCCAGCCUGUCUAAUCAUUGCGGCUCUGUUAUUCAUACCAGCCGAUCUUGGUGGCGAGAAGAGAAACAACGGCCGUUACGAACAAUUCAAGUAUCAUUACUGGGGUUAUUCCACAGUCCCAAGUAAUCUCCAUGAGGUCCAGACAUCGAGGGCCAGUGUGUUGUCUACCAAUCGCACAGUGGCAAACGGCAUAACAGAGCGACCUCUUCGACCGAGACGAUUGUGCUUGUUGAGGGGCGAGCAAGAGAUUGAGAUCAUAGAUGUCAGUACGUGGGAGGCAGUGCAUGGAAGUGUUGACUAUGUAUUCAUAUGUUAUACCACGGAGCAAUUCGAGUCGGACACAGAUUUGGAAGAACUCCAUCGUAUUGCGCAAGUUGCAGCCCGGACCGCUGGCGUCGCUGCUUACUGGAUCGCCUGCAGCUGCAUGCCCGAUGAUGAAGAGCAAUCGGAAGAUGUCUACCGGAUCAGCGACGUUGUCCGAGGCGCCCAUUCCCUUGUGGUGGUCAUUGGACCUCCUGUUUCUGCUCAUCAUUCCAGCGUAAACGAAAGAGAAAUGCUCCAGCAUCUGGGCAGUCGGAUGUGGACCUUCCCGGAGGUUCUUCUGAGCCCGUCAAGCCAGCAUAUCUCAAUAUACAUGCGUGGCUGUGAUCCUAGUUCUUUCCGAAAACUGUCCAAGCGAGACUUCUCUAUUGAAGCCUGGGGGGAUGCCCCGGUUUCAAGACAGCUGAUUGAUCACUACGAGGGUUCGAUAAUACUCAGCCCUCUGGAACUUGUUUCAAUUGCAUUACAAUGCCUUCCAAAUCGUGAGACCAUAGCAUUCUAUAAUGGAGACCUGUCAUACGCCUUGAUGGGGUUGUUGCGACGUCGCCCAAAGGUCAAUGAGAAUGACACGGCUUUUGAAGCAUUUUGUCGAUUAUCCUUCGCCAACGAUAGUAACCAGCUAAUUGAAAGACUGAUAUGCAUGCUUCCCCGCAACAUCGACCAACCUUGGCAUCAAAUAGAUGAUUUCUGGGGCGGUAACUUGUGGGACAUUGAGCCUAAUUGCCAAGUUGUUGGCCUUGGAGGCGAAGACACUGUGAUCUUGAGCGGUGCCUUCGGCGCCCCGAUCCGUUGGAAGUCCUUCGCGCCAGUCAAUCUAUUGAUGCGGAACACUAUAAAACGCUGGGUGGCAAGGGUUGUCCUUCGCGGUACCCCUGGCUGGCUAGUGAUAGGAAUCAUACUUCUAGCUUCAAGCAAGUCUAAAGGAGGGAACCUCGCUGUUGUGACAGCAAUAGGUUGGAUAUUUACAGGACUCGCGAUUAUAGUCAUAUUUAUUUCUCCAUAUCUCCUGUGCUCUCUUUACGUUGGCAAGACGUGGGCGGCUCAGCCAUGGCUGUUCGGUUUCGAGGGAUAUCUGAACAUUGGUGAGAUUGAGUCUCUCAUCUUUGGUCUGAACCUUGGCCGGUUGAAAUGGAGUCCAUAUUGCAGCGACCUCUCGCUGCAUGAGGAUCACAGAGGUGAGUGUGUUGGGCAAGACCCAACGCAGACAAACUCCACUUCUGAAUUUGUCUCUGCUGCCCGGAACUCUCGCUAUGGAGGGGUCAAACUCUUUACGUUAGUUGAUACCAAUACCUUGACCGUCACCCUAUUUCGGGCUGUCCGUCCGCCAGUGGCAAUGCUGCUCUGCGGUAGAGAAGGAGGAAUGCAGCGAGCGCUGUUGUGUUCCUAUGACUGGAAAUCCCAGACCCUCUAUCGCGAAAGUGUCCUUCGGGUCGACACGCUGGUAUUGGAGAAUAUGUCCCGUGUGGAUCGAUUUCGACUUGGGUUGAAAAAGCCAGAGGUGGAGACGGUGCAAGUAUCGUCUGCAAGAUAUGAUUGA